GACAAUGGAUAUCAAAAAGAUUUUGGGCUUACGCGAGAUAACAUCCCAUGAUGCGGAUGGAUUAAAAAACUUUUGGGAGAAGAAAAUAGAAAAACAAACAUUAGCACAUCAAAUAGAGGAUGCACGAAGAGGCAAAAGUGCGCUUUCAAAACUGCGAGAAGAAUGGAAACAAAGGCUGGAAAGCAGGCUUAGCAUGUUACAGUCUCUACAAGAAGAACAGAAGCGGCAUCUGUAUGGAAAACCACCUGAGCCCAAAGCAAACACAGCAGCUUAA